AUGCGUGUAAACGACGAAAUAACAGAAACGCGUUUCAUGUAUAGUAUUAUUGUGAUUUAUUUGAAAUGUAUUAUCAUCUCUUUGGUGCCUCUCGUGAUCGCAGAUAUAUAUUUACAUAAUCCACGAGGAAGUAACAACCGUAACAAUGAGCGGUCAAGGGAAAGAACACAAGAGACAUUAAGUUUCAAUUCCCAAAAUAAUGCACGCGGGGGCUAUAAUGUUGGUGAAAACGGCAGUAUGUAUUAUUAUGCCGGUUCAAUUUUACCCGUUCAAUGGACCAAUCAACAUUCUUGCAAUGAUACCAACAGUGAUUGCACGUUAAUUCUUCAGUAUAUGUGCAGAGAUAAUUUACGCGAUGGAAGCAGUUCACAAAUUAUUCCAGUAACUACUGAUGGUGAAAAUGAUGCGAGCUAUCGUUUACAUGAGACAUUAGAAUCUUAUUUAAAUUGUAAAACACGAAGUAGAAAUAAAAAUUUAUUUACGGCAGAACAAAGUGUUCAAGGUUCAUGUACUUCUACAAGACAAAAUCCUGGUAGUACACGUUAUGGAUUAGAAUGUCCAGAAGAACGUGAUUAUUAUCCAUAUUGGCAACCAUCAGACUGGGUGGACAUCGCUGUAUUGACCAAUAGACAAGAUUUAUGUUCCUAUUAUCGUCAAAAGAGUCAAAAUGUUCAAUCAAGAUUUGCAUGUACAUUAACAAAAGAACAAUUAUUGCAAAUAGCUAACAAGAGUGUUAUAUUACCAAAUACAAAAGAGGAAUGCGAAUCAUUUAAUGAUGCAAGUCUAAAUGGGAUUACACCACAAUGGGUUGAAUAUAAAUCAAACAGUAUUUAUCCUCCACCUGACUGUUUUACACCGUCUUAUACGAGAGAAAAUCAUCUUGGUGACACAUUUGGUUCAGAUAUGCCUGUUUACAAUUGGACACUACCAAAUAUUAAUGCAAAAAAAUGUGUAUUACGAAUAAGAUACAAUAUUUCCACUGGUGAUUAUGACGGAUGGAAUGUUGAUAAAACUCAUAAUCAAAAUAUUGGUAUCUUUGAUGAAUUCUUUGCAAAUCAAAAAACUGUCCAACAACAACGAGGUUAUACAUUCAAAAGCAAUCCAACCAUAAAACUAUUUAACAAUGUUAGCUUUAAUCUGAAACUUGCCAUUAAUACAGCACAGUAUGGACGAGUAUUUCAAGAUAGGUCAUAUGUAUUUGAAAUUCGUCAACGACCAGCUGAAUUACAAAAUAAAGAAAUUUUUAAUUUAAAUGUACGCGGUAAACGAGGAAAUAUCGUACAAGUUUAUCCAGCAGUCGAAUAUGACUUUGUACCAAAUCAUUUAGAAAUACCGAUUAAUUCUUAUGUGCAUAUCCAAUGGAUAGGUUCAAACACAAAUCCGCCUGGAAAUGAUGGACAGGGCACAGCCGGAACUGAUCGAAAUAAUGUUCUAUUGUUGGAAAAUAAAACAGUGAAUAGUGAUUGGAAUCCAUUUCAAUAUUUACAAGUAAAUGGUUUACUAAGUGCAAAUUAUCCAAAUAUGCUUGUAAAUUCAACAUUGUUUCAUUUUUCAAAAAAUGAUCUUCGUCUACUCGCCGCUUCCGGACAGUCCACUGAUGCUCAACUGAAUAAUGCAUCAGCUUAUUUUGAUCUUGGACCAAGACAAGUCCCAUCAUCUGGUAUUUAUCAUUAUUUUUCAACACGAAAUAAUGCUUUUUCAAAUCGUGAUCAAAAAGCAAGAAUGAUUGUUCAACCAUUUGAUUUCAUAUAUCGAUUAAUUGAUCAAAAUGCUGAUGAAAUUAGACUAAAUAAUGCUAUAUUAUCGUUUCCAGCCAAUAGUUUAUCCACAUCGACCGUUAUCAAACUAUCUCAUUUAACACGUGAACAAAUAAGUGAAAUAUUAACGAAAAAUGGACAAAAUAUUGUUGCGAAAGAAUCUCUGUAUGACUCCGGUUAUAUAAUUGAACCAUAUGAUCUUAACUUUGUUCAAUAUAUUAAAUUUCAAAUUCCUGUCGAACAAAUUGAUCAUUCCGAGAAUGUUAACAUAUUACAAUUUGAACCAACCGGUGGUAUUUAUACGAGUUUAGCAAAUAGUCAAACAAAGAAUUAUUUAAAUUUUCAAACGAAUCGUGGAGGAGUCUAUGUAUUUGUUAAACCAAAAUCAAAUCUCGCCUGGAUUGCUGCUGUUGUUAUUCCAAUUGUUUUGGUCAUCAUAAUUAUUUUAUCAACGAUCGCCUUUUUCUAUAAAAAUCCUAGACAAUAUCGUAAACUGAAAACACGAUGUACAAAGACACAGCGAUCAUUUAAAAUGCGUAUAUAA